AAGUACAAUAAUGAGGGAUAUGAUUCAAAGUUCUAUACGAGAACAAAUACAAGGAAUUUUUAAAACAUCAUUCGAAGAGAACUCGACCAUAGACUUCAUCAGAAAUAUAACUCUGCAGGAAAUUAAAGACGUUUUGAAAGAGCAAGGCAAAGAAGGUGUUCGAAAUGACCGUGAGUCCUCGGAGGAUGAUGUGAGAGUCGACAAAAUGAUGCAGGAGUUACAAGAUAUAUGCAUCGAUAGUAACCGACACCAAACUAUAAAAGAGCUGAAAAAGGAUACCCAGAAUAUUCUAGACAAUAUUGAGGUAUACAAAGAUGUGGUUAAAUUAAAUGCAAAACUCAAAAAAGAAAUAAAGUGGAUCAUUCAAGAAUCAAAAGAAGAGAGGGAAACUCGGAGAAUAUUUGGCCUACUAAAACAGGACACUAAAGGAAUAUGUUUACCAAUUGCAAAGUACAAAGACUGUACAGAGUUAAAGAAGAAAACAAAGAAAACACUAGAUGAUGGUGCUUACAAUAUUUAUCCAUGGGGAGAUAAUCCUGUUCAGGCGUACUGUGAUAUGACCACAGACGGGGGUGGAUGGACGGUUAUGUUAAAACGGUAUAUUGGAUCUGUUGGUUUUAAACGUAAUUGGAAGGAAUGCGAAAAUGGAUUUGGUGAUAUCAAUGGAGACUUCUGGUUCGGCAACAAUUACAUCCAUUUGUUGACCUCCAGUGGGAAGUACGAGUUGAGAGUGGACAUGGUGGACAAAAACAACAAAACAGUAUACGCUGUGUAUAAAACAUUUGUUGUCGGAGACUCUGAAUCAAAAUACAAACUUACAGUUGGCGAUUACUCCGGAAAUGCAGGUGAUAGAUUACAAAGUCACAACGGCAUGAAAUUUACAACUGUGGACCAGGACAACGACACAUUUAAAACCAAUUGUGCAGACUACAACUCAGGAUCCUGGUGGUAUUUUCAUUGUUCCACGUGUGACCUUAGUCGUACUGAUGUCAAACCGUACUGGGGCAGUGUCAUAUCGAAACCAAUUAUGAUGAUCCGAAAAAUAUAAAUUCCAAGAUCUUCAAAAUAAAAGUGAAAACAUAUAUUC